GUAACAGUCUCUGGCCCACCGGCAGGCCACACACUUGUUGCAGCACUAGUCCCGCGAGAGAGGGGAGCCGUGGGCGGAUAGAUGGAUGGAUGACCCUGCUGCUCCCCUCCCAACCAGCCCCAGCUGUCAGCUCCCUUCCUGACUCACCCACCCUGCCCCCGGUACCAUGGCGUCCAGCGAGGAGGACGGCACGGUUGAGGAGAAGGAAAACAACAACAAGAAGAAAACGAAAAACGCCGUCGCCACCGCAUGGCUCACUUUCUACAACAUCGCCAUGACCGCCGGGUGGCUGGUUUUGGCGAUAGCAAUGAUGCGCUUCUACAUGCAGAAAGGCACACACAAGGGUCUGUACAGAAGUAUAGCAAGGACACUCAAGUUUUUCCAGACCUUUGCGUUAGUUGAGGUGGUACAUUGCGCCGUAGGAAUCGUGAGGACUUCUGUGAUUGUAACCGGGGUUCAAGUGUGUUCACGGAUUUUCAUGGUUUGGUUCAUCACCAACAGCAUCAGACAGAUCCAGAAUGAAGAAAGCGUAAUCCUAUUCCUGGUUGUGUGGACGAUGACAGAGAUUGCCAGAUAUUCCUACUACACAUUCAAACUGCUCAACCAUCAGCCGUACUUCGUCAAAUGGGCCAGAUACAACCUCUUCAUCAUCCUGUACCCUGUUGGAGUCGUUGGGGAGCUGCUAACCAUUUACGCUGCUCUACCGUUCGUACGCAGAUCUGGAAUGUACUCCAUGAGACUCCCCAACAAGUAUAACGUGUCGUUCGACUACUACUACUGCCUCAUCAUCAUCAUGCUGUCCUACAUCCCACUGUUUCCUCAGCUCUACUUCCACAUGCUGCGGCAGAGGAGAAGGGUGCUUCACGGUGAGGUCAUAGUGGAGAAGGACGACUAGACAAGCACCACCUCAUGCCUUCGUUUGAGCCAGCCCGCCUGCCUCCACGUCACCCUCCUCUCCCCCCCUCCCUGCUACAUCACCAUCUCAUCUUUAGCACCAUCAGCCGUUACAUUCUACAUUGCACGGGACCGGAAGCUGACCACCUGUCUGACGAGAGCUACAACCAAUAAUAAUCAUGAAGAAAACAAAACCAUUGGAGUUCAUCGGUACUGAUAAUACCUGAUCCUGAGUAUUUCUUUACAGGAUUAAUUCCUAUUUGAACGGUAAUAUUGGAAACAUGUUUACAAGUUCCAGUGUCGCUGGAGCUUGAGACAGAAGCCUGAUGCGCAUCGUCUCACCCGCCAGCCUUACAGCACGCCGUCGUGCUGAGAGAAACGCGCGCUGACCACGAAUAACAUGAGCCACAGCUGUCACAACACUGCACCCACCGUCUGAGUGAGAAAACAGCAAAUGAAAGGUUUCAAGGGAAAUGUGAAAUGAAACAUUGAAGGAGGAAGAUUGUAAGUUGUCUCUUGACUUGUCCCCACCCCAAUUGGCAAUAAUAUAUAUAUAUUUUUUUGUAUGUGUGCGUUUUCCGUCACAAACUAACAGUGUGGUUGUACAAAAACAAGGUUCCAAAAGAGAAAAUAUUCAUAGAUUUAUCAUACCUCAACAAUAAAUCUACAUUUAGACAA